AUGAACGCUGAGACCGAUGCGAAACAAAAACUUCCCUCGCAAAGAUCUGUGAACUUCCUAUUUGAGAACAAAACAACAAGGACUAAUUGUCUAAGGAUGAAGGUCACCGCAGUCGGACCGCAGAUGCGUGCAUUCACCUUGCGAGUGCGUCAAUUUUCCGCUCAACCACAGUAUGCUCAUCCUGCCGUUGUUUUCGUCAAAGAAGCUGCUGGACGACAAAAUUCUCUUCUCGGUCCCGCCGACAAGCAGUUCCCUUUGCCUGGCGAUGUUUGCCAUAAAAUGCUUCUCCAAGAGCAGCCGAUUGUGAAGCCCUCUAUCGCUCCCUCUGUCCUGGAUGUGAACACCCAUUCUGUCCAGGAGCUCCUGUCAACCUCCCGUGUGGAUGCUGAUCCCCAUUAUUCAGCAAAGGUCGAAGAAUUAGUCCUAGAAGAGGCUCAAACAAAUGCUGGUGAUUGGCCUGUUGAACUAACCGUUCAAGAAUGCCCGCGACUACUCAAGAGAGACAUGAAACACCUUUUCCCUGGGAUGAAUUUUGAUAACGUUAACGUCACUGUUAUGAACAUUGCUCAGAAGUCAGAGAAUGACAUGAAAGCAUGGAGCGAAGAAAUGCAGGAAGAGCGCGAUAUGCUCACUGCUUCCUUCAUUUCUUCGGCGACAGCUAUGGCCACGACACUUCGCCGUUGCGGAUACUGGGCCGACUUCAUCGAUCCAUCUUCGGGAAGACCAUACCUAGGAAAAUUCACUAACCACGCUUUGUUCGAGACGGAUGAUGCUUACAAAGAUAUGGGCUUCCGCAUCGAAGAUCUAGGAUGUUGCAAGGUGCUCCAACAUGUUGCAUGGGGUACGCACGCAUUUGUUGGUACACUAUUCACCGACGCACCGCCUGACUGUCAGAUUGUACAAGACAUUGUACGUAAAGUGAACACCGAUGAAAUAGUGGUGAACAAUCGAGAAUAA